CACACCAUCGUGGCCCAAUCCGCGGUGUAUGCGGCUCACUGAACGUGGACCAAUAGACGCAAAUAAAGGAUAUAAUUUACGGCCCGCCGAUUGGCUAGAGAUCCGCGCUCCGGUGACGUCAAUUUAUACCGGUAAAUCAACCAAUCAGUACUCGCCGCGUUCAGGCCUGUGCGCGAGACAGAGAAGGUACAUGAUGAUUGUUCAUAAAGUGUUUGGGAACAUGAGGCCAUUGGUUUGUGUUCUUUGGAUGUUCCUCUUCGCACUGCUUUCUUCACAUACUGAGUCCGUGGCUGUUAUGUCUGUGGAUUUGGGCAGUGAAUGGGUGAAAGUUGCCAUUGUGAAACCAGGAGUCCCUAUGGAAAUUGUUUUAAACAAGGAAUCUCGGAGAAAAACCCCAGCUGCUAUUGCUUUAAAGGAGAAUGAACGUCUCUUUGGAGAAAAUGCUCUUGGAAUGGCUGUCAAGAACCCUAAGGUUACAUUUCGAUAUUUCCAAGAUCUACUUGGAAAGCGACUUGACAACCCACAAGUGCAGGCAUUUGAGGCCAGGUUCCCUGAAUAUCAUUUGGUAAAGGACGAACGUCGGGAAACAGUCCUUUUCAAACUUUCUGAAGACUUAACCUAUUCACCAGAGGAACUUUUGGGAAUGGUAUUAAAUUACUCUAGGUCUCUGGCUGAGGAUUUUGCUGAGCAGCCUGUAAAGGAUGUAGUGAUCACGGUGCCUGCCUUCUUUAACCAGGCAGAGCGCAGAGCAGUCCUGCAGGCAGCCCAACUCUCCGGUCUCAAGGUUCUUCAGCUCAUUAACGAUAACACAGCAGUAGCCUUAAAUUAUGGUGUGUUCCGCAGGAAAGAUAUCAAUGCUACAGCGCAGAAUGUUAUGUUUUAUGACAUGGGCACCAGGAGUACAAUCUGCACCAUUGUGACAUAUCAAACUAUAAAGACUAAAGACUCUGGAACACAACCCCAGCUGCAAAUUCGAGGAGUGGGGUUUGACCGCACACUUGGUGGGUUAGAAAUAGAUUUACGACUCCGGGAUCAUUUGGCCAAACUCUUCAAUGAGCAGAAGAAAUCCAAGAAGGAUGUUCGAGAAAACCAAAGAGCCAUGAACAAGUUGCUUAAGGAGGCCAAUCGUGUAAAGACCAUCCUUAGUGCAAACAAUGACCAUAUGGCACAGAUCGAAGGUCUUAUGGAUGAUAUUGACUUCAAAGCCAAGGUGACUCGUCAGGAAUUGGAGGACCUAUGCGCUGAUCUCUUUAAUAGAGUUUCUGCUCCUGUCCAGCAGGCCCUGGCCAGUGCGGAGAUGAAAAUGGAAGAAAUUGAUCAAGUAAUCUUAGUAGGAGGGGCUACCCGUGUACCUAAAGUACAGGAGUUUCUGCUCAAAGUUGUUGGGAAAGAAGAACUAAGCAAAAACAUAAAUGCGGAUGAGGCAGCAGCUAUGGGUGCAGUUUAUCAAGCCGCUGCACUUAGUAAAGCCUUCAAAGUAAAACCAUUUAUAGUUCGAGAUGCAGCCAUCUUCCCAAUACAGGUGGAAUUUACCCGUGAGGUGGAAGAGGAGAAUCACAGCAAAAGUCUAAAACACAAUAAGCGGAUUCUUUUUCAGCGGCUGGCCCCAUACCCCCAACGUAAAGUUAUCACCUUUAACAGAUAUACCGAUGACUUUGCUUUCAGUAUAAAUUAUGGAGAUCUUAGCUACCUGGGACCUGAGGAUUUAAAGGUUUUUGGAUCUUUAAAUCUUACAACUGUAAAAUUAAAUGGAGUUGGAGAGAGUUUCCAAAAAAGAUCAGAUUAUGAGUCCAAAGGCAUCAAGGCUCAUUUUAACAUGGACGAAAGUGGACUUCUUACUCUUGACCGGGUUGAAGCAGUGUUUGAGACUGUUGCUGAUGAGAAGCCAGAGCUGGAGUCUACCUUAACAAAACUUGGAAAUACCAUAUCCAGCCUGUUUGGAGGUGGAAGUUCUGUUUCUGAAACUAAAGAGAAUGUUACAGACUCUGUCCAAGAAGAAGAUGAGGUGCCAACUGAACCCACAAAAGAGGAGGAGCAGGAGUCUGCAGAUCCAGCAGAUAAACAGCAGGACAAAGAAAACAACAAAGAAAAAGGUACCUCAGCUACCAAUGAGAAAGAAGAAGGGAAAAAGGAGGAGGAAAAGGCAGAGCCCCAGGAAGGAAAAGAAAAAGAGGAGGCUGGUAAGGAAGAAACCUCUGCAAAGGCUCCAGAGGUAGAUGACAAGAAACCCACAGCCCCAAAGAAGCAAAAGUUGGUGGAUGAUAUUGGUGUAGAGCAGAUAUUAAAUGAUAUUCCAGAUUUCAUAGAAGAGGAGUUAAAGAAAGCUGCCAAAAAACUUCAGGACCUGACCGAAAGAGACCUUAAUAAGCAUGAGCGAGAGAAGGCAGCAAACAGUUUAGAAGCAUUUAUUUUUGAGACCCAGGAUAAACUUGACCAAGCGGAGUUUAAAAAGGUUUCCACUACUGAGCAAAGAGAGGAGAUCUCUACAAAACUAAGUCAGGUCUCCACCUGGCUUGAGGAUGAAGGAUAUGCAGCAACCACAAAGGAACUGAAGGACAAGCUGUCUGAACUCAAAAAGUUAUGCAAGACCUUAUUCUUCAAGGUGGAAGAGAGGAGAAAGUGGCCUGACCGACUAGCAGCCCUUGACAGUUUACUGAACCACUCCAGCAUCUUCCUAAAGAGUGCUAGAAUGAUCCCAGAAGAUGAUCAGAUUUUCACAGAUGUAGAGUUGGGCACUUUAGAGAAGCUGAUCUCUGACACUUGGACUUGGAAGAAUGAAACUCUGGCUGAGCAGGCCAAGCUGUCACCUACUGAGAAGCCAGUCCUUUUGUCUAAAGACAUUGAGAUAAAGAUUGGAGCUCUUGAUCGGGAGGUGCAGUACUUGCUCAACAAGGCAAAGUUUUCUAAACCCAAGCCUAAAAAAAAGAACAACGCCACAAAACCAGAGAAUGCAGAAAAGAAUGCUACAGAAAGUGAGGAAAAGAUUAUACCUCCCACAGAAGAGAGUACUCAAGAAAAUGCCAGUAAUCCAGAGCCUGUUAAAGAGCCACCAGUAGCUGAAGAGAAGACAGAGAUUCCAGAAUUAGGAGGGUCAGAAGCAGGUAAUCCAGAGCAUGCACAGGAAUUUUAAGGCCUUUAUCAUUUAGAAAGAUAUGCCACAUCACAAAAGCCUUCAGAAAAGCCAGACGAGAGCCACAAGACUGAAUUAUAAUUGCAUCUCUCCUUCCUCUGCCUGUUUUGGCAAGCAUAUUUAUUAACAUUACUUUUUUGUAAUGGACCUUAAUGUUUUCUGCCAACAGAACUGUGUGUUUUCUUUGUUUCUUUUUGUUUUGUUUUUGGAAAACUGUACUGAAGAUGUAAAUUUCUGUCCUGCGGAAGAGCACUGUUAGAAUUUUUAACAACGUUCCUUAUGUACUUGCUGUGUUUUAUUUAACUCGACUGUCAAAUAUUCUCAUUGGACAGAAUAGGCAACUAAAUAUAUGCCCAAAGCAAGACUAUCUCUCAAAUCUAAAUUCAACAAGAAUCUCAUACAAUACUGGGUUAUUUUUGAUUUAUCCAUCCAGGAUAAAGGGAGGUUAUAUAAGAAGAAGUGAGAUAUAUGGCUUGAAGUUUUACAGCGUCUCAUUGUUUGAAAACUGAAAAGAUUUAUGUUAAUUUAGACUUAAAUUGAUAAUUCACCUUUGAGUUAACUUUUAGCAUUUUAUAGAAUGCCCUGUGAUUUGCAACUUUUCAAUUGGUCAUUGUUUAUUUUCUUUUAUACUUAAAUAUUUGCCUUUUUCUCUAGCUUUCAAAUUGGGUCACUGAUCCUGGCAGCCAAAAAAUGGUUUUAUUGGUAUUGUUAUUAUUUAUUACUUACCAUUAUAUUCAGCCUAUCUCCUGUUUAUAUUUCAGUCUCUCAUUCCCAUCACUGUCUGGCUGCUCAUUCCAAUCACUGCCUGGCUGCUAGGGUAAGGUAGACCGUAGCAAUCAGAUUACUGCUGAAGUUCCAAACUGGAGAGCUGCUGAAUAAAUAGCUAAAUAAUUUAAAAACCACUAAAAUUAAAAAAAAGACCAAAUUGUUUUAAAAUAUCACAGUCUACAAUACAUGAUGCUAAAAGUUAAUGUAAUUGACCCCUUUAAAUGUGCAAUCUAGAGAUGAUAUCUGAUGUAAGAAUUGGAAAGUCUGUAUUUUGGUAAAAUUCUUAAUCAGCACAGUAGGAAACGGCCAAGUAGCCCUCAGCGAUUGCCCAAAGUCGCAUCCGUCCAUUAACAGAUGAUAAUCGCAGGGCUUAGCAUUGUAGUCAGUGGAAACCAACCUUGUGGCAGUUCGCCAUGUUUUUCACUACUGCUUUUUGGCUUAUUCAUCACUUAAUUAUGAAUAGGAAAUACUGAUCCUGUUAUGAAAGUCAGGACUUCAGCUCAAAAGAAACAAUAACUGAGUAGAUAUAGCUAGUAUUACAAUGCAGAUAAACAUUUUGCAAGUACAGUUAAAGAUCCCCAAUUGUUGGGCUUUUAAAAAAAUCAGGGACUGCUAAGAAUAGGAAGUGAGAAUUUAACAUCACCCCAUGAAAAACAAUGCUUUAUAAAAGUUAACGGUGUUCUAUUAAAUGGUGAAUUUAGCAUAAAAUAUUGGUGACCUGCAAUAUAUUUGUAGUAGAUUCAUAGCACAUCAUAUAGAAUGUUACAUUGAUUAUUAGAACAAGCUGUGUUCUCGUUAAACAAACGAAGCACCCUCAUUAAAAAUAUUGGUUAGUGCGUUGGGUGGGGAAGGUGUCGGGGGAAAAAAUAUUUUUAUGGUUCAAAAAUGUAUGCAUUAAAGUUGCCUUUACUUCAGUCUGAAGCCUAUUGCUAUCACAUGCAAAUGUACUAAAAAUUAGGAAAUUAUGCACUGGAAUGGAACUAUAAUUUACAACGUAUUAUGCUCUUCCAUUCAUCCUUUUUUAAUAUAAGAAUAAUAUUGUAGCAGGAGUUUACCAUUAAACUGCAAAAGAAAAGCAAAUGGUAUCAUUUUCUCUAAACUGUAAUAAAUUUUUAACAGCUUGAAUUAUUUUUUUUAGCACGUUUAACUGCUGAAAUAAAACUGGCAAUAUGUAUAAUAAUUAGGGAUUCACCGAAUCCAGGAUUCAGUUGGGGAUUCGGCCAGGAUUCGGUUUUUUUCAACAGAAAAACUAAAUCUGAUUCCUAAUUUGCAUAUGCAAAUUAGGGAUGGGGAGGGAAGUCGUGUGACUUUUUGUCACAAAACAAAGUAAAAAAAGUUUUUCUUCCCACCCCUAAUUUACAUAUGCAAAUUAGGAUCUAGGAUCUUUCAUGAAGGAUUCGGGGGUUCGGCCGAAUCCGAAAUAGUUGAUUCGAUGCAUCCCUAAUAAUAAUGCCAUAUGUAGUGGUACAAAUAAGCAAGAGUAGUAAGGACAGAGUUACAUGCAGAAACGGGCAAAGUAAUAUAGUGAAUCAUGUACCACCCAUGGCAAAAUAAAUUAAUAAAAGUCCUGUAUUUUGCAGAUUAUUUAUGGCUCCUGCUACCCAUUGUAACUAGUGAUAAAUUCAGGACAAAUAAGGACUGCAAUAAGUACAAGUAAUCUGUAAAAUAAAAAUUAGGAUAUGGAUGCUACUGUAUGUGAUAGUAAAUGUACUUGUACCCCAGCACAUAUUACGGUAUAAAUAAAGUAAAAACACAGCUAUCUGGUCCUUGACAAAGCUCCAUAUAACAAUGGCAAUCUGUGCUGUGCAAAUAGAGGUUUGGUAUAAAUCUAUUCUUAAAUAUACAAAAUCUUAUAUCUAUUUGUUCCUUUUGCCUUGCUCACACCAUCUAUUUUUUUUUUGGUUUGCUUGAUGAAAGCAAAUGUAAUUCUAAUUAACUUUCCAAUAUACAAUAAACAAUUUCAAUGUUUGGGGGGUUUUUUUUGUAAGUUAAAUGCUAUUGAAAAUGCAAUCUAGCAACCAGAUAGUAAAUUAUUAUGGAUAAUGUGCUUAUAAUCCUUUAUUCAGAGUUUUGGAAUCUCGGUUAAUGUCCAGGGACAGCAAAUCCUGUGCAUUUUGCUAUUAGAAGAAGCAGAAGAUAGGGGUGGUAAAAAAAAUUGUGUCCUUUAUGCUAAAUUAAUGUGUAUUGGAAAAUUACAUUUUCUUUCACUAUGCAAAAAGUUUUUGGUUGGGCAUACAUACCCAUUAAAAGUAGCUAGCUGUACAGCAAAAGUAAUAUGGCUGAUUUUUUUCCUAACUCUAAGUCUCGAAUGUCAUAUUAAAUGUUUUUAUUUUUGCGAUGUCUUAUGCAGGACUUUAAAGCAACAGUUCUUGCUGCUAUUUUUGGGGAGAGGGGUUGGGGGGAAAAAGAGGUGAGUGAAUGGUGAAUUAUGAUUAAAGGCUGGUCACUUAUUAAUCAGCAGGGGGUUGGGGGGUUCAACUAUUUUUGUGAAAAUUCCAAAGAAUAUCUGUAUCAAAAGUUGUGAAGGUAAAAUUGAAAGGUGUAAUAUUAGAUGUGCAACAGUAUCUGGUUAUGUGUAUAGCCAUGUGUGAAUGCCUGAUACUAGAUCAGGACAUGGACUAUUCUUCGAUCUGGUCUAAGCUUUCCUAAAACCUUUGUUCUCACUAGGCCCACAAUGUUGCACACCAAAAUGCACCUUUGCCUUGCUGGUAGUUAAGAGUUAAAGAUAAUGAGUAUACUUGUAGAAAUGUGGAAGUUUUAGGCCUCAUUCACAACAGCAACUCCAUUACAAUUUAAUUGAUUUGUGUUAACUGUGAUAAACAUAAACCCAAACAUUAAUAUUACAAUACAUACAUGCAAGCAGCUUUCUGCACUAAAAAUGAAUGAGCCCAGUGGAUUUAUACUUAAUAUAUUGAAUUCCUUGUAAAGUCUGUUUGACAUAGGUACAGUAGUUUCACUGCUUUUUCAGCAUUCAUCCUACAAUAUUAGGUAAAUGCCCCCCCCCCCCCGAAAUUUGGCACACUUAGAGGCACAUUUAUCAAAAUGUGAGAUUAGCACUCAUCACAGAACAAACUCACACACUUUUUCUAUUCAUCCCUAUGGGAUGUUUAGAAGUGGAUUUCACCCAUUGCUAAACACAUGUCUAAAAAUCCCAUAGGAAUGAAUGGAAAGUGGGUGAAUUUUUCUAUGAUGAGGUGCUGAAACAUUGUACACAAUACACAUGCUGACUGCAAUGCAGUAGAAUGUCUACAACAUUCUGUAACUGUUUUCUUGUCAGAGCAGAUAAUCGACUUUUUACUUAUCAGAUGCGUGUCAAUAGUUUUUGGUUUUUGCAUUUAGGGCAACAUUAAAUGCAAUAAAUACAUGCAUUAGUUGCACAGAAUUUGCUCUUUUUUAUUAUUUGCACGAGUUGCUACAGUGAAAAAGCCCUCAAGCUCAGUACAUUUCUACACAGUGUUCCAUGUGGCUCCCCUAAUAAAGUUAAAUGGAUCCAGUUCUUUGCAAUCAGUCUUUCCUUGGCUGUGCUGUUUCACCUUUUGCUAAAACAUGGGAAAGUAAUAAAUUACUCUAUAUUUCUGAAA